AUGGCCACUUUCUUGUUGAAGGAUGCCCAGCCUGGCGAUGGCGCCUGGCUUACGCAAAACGGCACAGUGGGCUCGACGAAGAAGCAUCGCAACCGACCAAACUGGAAGCAGAACACGUUUCUUGCUCGCACGGACAGCGUCGCGGACUUGAAGCUGCCGUUUGACGCAGAAGAGGAAGGCGCCCCACUAACGCAGCCGAGGACUCUCGACAGCUCAGACUCGCUGUCCAACUAUUUCAUUCCUGCCACACAGACAUCGACGCUCCCUCCAACCACAUUUCUCACCAAGUUGCCGCCACCGCCGCCUCCACAGCACGCAAUGGCAAUUCCCCCUCAUCUCCGACCAAAAGCUACGGCUCCGCAGUCGACUACGGCUCCAGCCGCUUCAGAACCACAGACUAUCACAGACAAGCUGUCGAAGUGUGGUGUUUCCGUCAGCCAGCCAAAGCCUGCCGUGUCGGAGCCGGAAGACGAUGAUGCUCCCGUCUAUCGUGGCCGAGGGGGUGGAAACGGCAAGAACAGCAUCGCUGGCUCAAAUCGCAACACUCGACGCGGCCACAACUUCCACCCAAAAGGCCGCGCUCGCGACGAUCUCAAUGCUGCAAAGAAAGCUUCGAGAUCCGGUAAUGGUGCUUGGGCGCACAACAAGGACAUCUCCAAAGGAGAUCCGGAUCGAUGGGAGCCGGACUGGGCUGGAAAGUACAACGACCCUCAACCCACGGGCUGGGCCGGCGAGUCCAAUAAGUCAAUUUCCGUCGACUCCGCUCGCGCAGAUGCUGGCUUUGGUGGCAAUGGAAAGAAGCGUGCUGUGGCCGAAGCUGCCUGGGCACUCACCGAUUGGCAGGGCAACUGGGCGCCGGCGCCUUGUGACUGGGACUCACGACCUGCCUUUCGCGCCGACCAGUCUGCAGCUCAGAUCGAACAAUGGCUCGGCUGUACAGAGAACGCUGUGCGCAUUCGCAAGCUUGAGGCUGGCACUACUGUCGAAGAAGCGCUCCGUGAACGGCAAGCCAGGCCUGCUCUCGAUGAGCUCUCCACGGUCGAUGGCAUCACAUACGUGUUUGGAGAGCCUGAGAAUCGCUCACACGAUGUGACUUACGUGCAGAUGGGCGACAUCAUUCCGCACUACUGGAUCCCAGCAUCGUGGGGUCGACAACCUCCGCAGACAUUCUGGCACGAAGAGAUUCUCAAGUCAUCUGCUCCUCCCCCGGAAGAUCCAGAAGACCUCGAAGGAGCGCGGCCGUGGUGGGAACUGGUUGUUAAGGGUGGCCAAUUCCUUCCAAACAUUCCGCAGCCGUCGAUUGCAGGCAUCGAUCCCAGGGAGACGAAGGAAGAGCGACUGAAACGUGAGAGUGAUCGCGGUAGCGACAGACACGCCGAGAACAGGAAGCGCUUUGAGCUCGCCAAGAUGAAAAGCUCGCGUGAGAAUCAGAAACGCAAAGAUGAGAAGUUCAAGAAAGUCACCGCAGCGAAGGUGGCGAACCAUGGCGUCUCACCGGAACAGCUCAGCAAGAUCUCGACAAAUCUCAAGCUUUUCGUACGAUCUGCAACAGCAGCCGACAUGGGAGAAGUUAGAGAUCUCUACAAUUAUUAUGUCGACUUCACGUGUGCCGCCUACGAGACUGAGCGCGUCUCCACCAAAGACAUGAUGAAGAAGUACGAAGAGAUCCGAGCAAGCAAGUUACCUUUCCUGGUCAUCUGCGAGAAGGGGGGCAUCCAGAAGGCCCGUCGCAAGCAUCAAGAAGACAUCAUCCUUCCCGACAAGAUCGUUGGCUUCGCCUUCGCCAAUGAUCUCUAUGGACCGCAAGGCAACCAGUUCCGCUACACAGUCGAGGUAGAAGUAUACGUUCAUAAGGAUGCUCUCAUGCGCGGCGUUGCUAAAUGUCUCUUGGAUAAGCUACUCGCGCUUCUCGACCCAGACUAUCUCGAGCGCGGCGGCUAUAGGGUGGCUGAUGAGGACUUGGAAUUUGGAACUGCAAGACCGUCACGUCUGGUCAAGAACAUCCUCAUCAACUUCUACCAUGAGAGCAGCAGGCCACAGAAGCUGGAGUGGGUGUCACGAUUCUUGAAGAAUUUUGCAGAAUUCGAGAGGGUUGGCUAUAUGCUGGAUGUCGGCAGCAAGAAUGUGCCGGUCAGUCAUGCGAUCUUCCAGCGCACGACAGGUGCAGCGCUCGACCACACCAAUGGCGGCCCUUCUACGCUGUUACAAUCCAGUCCACCAAGAUGA